AGCACCUGCUCGCACAUCUACAUGACAGAAGACUAUAGCGCGAGGCUGCGGCUCUACGCAAACACCGUAAACACUCGAGCGGCGAUAUCACCCCACACCGGAGUCGGACGUUGCCAAAGCGUCGUUGAACCUCAAGCCGCGUCACAUGCAGCCGGUACUCGCGCGCGAUUGAUGUGAAGUUCGCUGCUUUGAACGUGAGCGUCGUUAUUUAGACGUUCUCCGUUCAGAGCCGUGAGAGAUUUCAUUAACGGACUGUCACGGCUGCGAACGGGGGUUUGAUGGAUCACCUAUCCCGCGCGUUCCCUCCAAGCGGACGAGCAUACAGCGCGCGUUCACGCAGAGCUCACUUCUUUGUCUUAUUGAAAUGAUUUUGGAUUUGGCUUGUUGAAACACCUGCUUGAAAACCACCAGAACAGUGAGAGUAGGACAUCGUGAGGAGCCCUGUUUAACGAGAUGAUGGUCUGCGCGUUUUGGCAACACGCUAUGAAUUCAUCUUUACGUUGUGGAUGUCGGAACGACUGAACGCAGAGGUGUCCUGCAAACCUAAACGAAGCUCGCUGAUUCAACCCAAGUUUUUUUGAUUUUAUUUAAACUGCUAAUUCGCCACCAUGCCGGUCAGCGCAAUGCCGAGAGGUCGGUCCCUGAGCCCGGUGUCUCUGUCCCGCAGUCUCUCCCGGCUGAGGGAGUUUCGAACCCGGACUCGCAUCAUGCUUUCUCUGGGAGUUUCUCAGAUGGUGCUCGGGAGCCUCAUUUUGGCUGUCAGUUUCGCCGCUUUGGCCCUUACUACAUCUCCGAGGGUGAGACAUUCGUGUCCCUUUUGGGCAGGAUUCUCGGUGCUAUUGUCUGGACUGAUUGGAGUGGUGUCAUGGAAAAGGCCCCUUUCUUUGGUGAUAACUUUCUUCAUGCUGUUGUCUGCUGUGUGUGUGAUGCUGAACCUCGCAGGAGCCAUCCUGUCCUGUCAGAAUGCCCAGUUGGUCAACUCUCUGGAGGACUGUCAGCUGAUCAAGUUUGACAGUGACGGCGUGUGUGUGUGCUGUGAGCUCGAGCACCUGAGAUCCACCUGUAAUAAUCUCGGAGAUACGCUUAAACUCAAUCCGCUGAGAGACUGCAACACCAUACGCCUCCGCCUGAAGGAGCUGCUUUUCAGCGUGUGUGCACUGAAUGUUAUCUCCACCAUUGUGUGUGCUCUGGCCACAGCCGUGUGCUGUAUGCAAAUGGUCUCCACUGAUUUACUACAGAUGUUCAUGCCACAUCGAGCACGUGCCCUGAGUGCGGACUGUAUGACCCCUCAUGGGACCAUCUUACACCAGACGCUGGACUUCGAUGAGUUCAUCCCACCAAUCCCUCCUCCACCUUACUAUCCCCCUGAAUACACCUGCACCCCUGUGAUGGAAGGCCAGAGAGGGUUGCAUCUGGACUUUCCACACUCUCCCUUCAGUGCUAUUUAUGGGGUGCCUAUAAACAGCCCUGGGGCUCUGUAUCCAUCUGAACUGCCACCACCCUAUGAAUCUGUCGUGGGACAGACACCUGCCAGCCAGAUCACCACCAGUCUUGAGCAACACGUCACUGAGUCCAGUCUGUGUGAAAGGAACACCACAGCCGGUCUCAGCACUCAGGCCUCUGUGGACAGUGCUUCCCUUAUGGUGUCUGAGACCGCAGACGUCCCAGAUCACAGUUGCUCCUCUGAAGACCUCUGUUCACUGGAGGUCCAGGGCUCAGAUUCCUCACCGUAUGGCACUCUGCGUAUCGUCCCUACAGACGGCAGCUGCACAAGCCUGGAGCACAGCAACCAUUCCUCCCUGCGGCUGCAGACCCCUCGACUGGACCACAGCGAGGACUCCAAACCCCACUCUCCACAAUCAUCCCCCGACGCUGUUAACCGAGCCGAGAAGGAGGAGAUUACAAGUGCUAAACCGGUGUCUCGCAUGCAGCACAGAGAACGAACCAAUAAGAAGCUUACCCUUCUUUUCCCUGCGAGCGCCGUUUCCCAAUGUGCUUCCAGCUCACCGGUGACCUCCAAUUCUGGAGCGGCUUCAGCUGUGACCCCAUCCCCAUCUCCCACUGCUCCACUGCGGGGAACACGGCUCUGCUUCAGCGUCUGGUCUCCAUCAUCCUCUUCCUCACAACCCCACUCUACCUCUGCUCUCUGCAGUGCCAGCCAACGCGAGAGACCCCGCACCCUCCGCGCCACCAAAGGCUAUCGGAAGCUGGCGAGGAUUGUGCGUUCCACUAGUGAACCAAUAUCCUGUACUUCCAUAUCUAGAAGUGACCGUUCUGCUCCUGCUUCUACCCAUCCACCUGAAGACUCUCCACAGACUCCCUGUGAUCAAGCAUGUAUGGAGCUCUCACAGGGCAGCCGGCAGCCUUCUACUAAACACAGCAGCCAAGUGGGCAAAAAGCAGAAGGACGGCGGAAAGGUGGACUUGCAACUCAAAGCUCACAUCCCUCACUCAACGUCUACAGAACGGCCGCAAUCUCUCGCUGACCUCAAAACCUACAAAGACACCAAAGUGCUGGUGGCCAAGUUCCUGGAGCACUCGAGCUGCAGUCUACCUCCAGAGGUCCAGCAGGUGGUCAACAGCAUCAAAUGUGUUAUUAAAUCUGAUGAGAAACACAUGGACGAGGCCAUAUUCAGUGCCAGUAUCAUUGAUCAGUUGAUGACACAGUCGCAGAAGAUCAUGGGCAGCCCAAGGAAACAUGCUCACGGAGACCUGCAUUUACAGAGCUGCGGAGCUUUGAGUUCCCCAUCAUCAUCCCUGCGCCGUCCAGCCCGAGUAUCCAGUCAAACAGAUGCCCCUGCCACCCUGGGUCAUCAAUCUCCAACCCAGCCUCAAAGCCUCAUCAGUGUAUGCAGAGAAACCACUCUUUGACCCUCUGGACUAUAAACGUCCUCUGAAUAUGUGCCAAGGCCAAGUCCUAACCCUCAUCAGCAGAACACUGUAGCUCUUAAAAACAACAACAGUGAGUUAACAUAGAGUUAACACCCUCUCAUGUGCUUAAAUUAAAGAUAUUUGAAAGAUACAAUACAGAAACACCAGUGUGUUUACCUGCAGGGGUAUAUAUUUUUACUUUAUUGUCAGAAAAAAGGUCAAUAUUUGUUAAAAGUGUUGCUACUGUGCUAAAUAAGAGAAUGGGUCUGUUUUGGACCGUAGAUGAUCAAAUGGAUUUACCUCUUCAUGAACCCUUUUGUUUUUUGGAUGAGAAAUAACAUUUAAAUACACAGCUUCUGCAAACAUCAUGUGAAAUAUUGGACAUACUUUGUCAUUGUGUGCCACUGCGGGACAGAGACCUUCAUGAAGCUGGAUUAUUCGACUUACCUCAGUGUGUAAUUAUUAUUUUCUGUGUUGCAAAAUAAAAAUG